ACGUCCUUUUCGGUUAAACGCUGGAUGAGAUGUCCAAUCGAAAUUUCAAACACACGAGGGAGCCGUCAGAAGAACCAAUGAGCUUUCGGGAUAUCAACUCACAGUAGGCGGGACCUUCAGAAGAACCAAUGAACUUUCAGAGUAUCACAUGACAGGAGGCGGGAAUGAAGUCACCGGCGGAGGUCGGAUGUCGCCUGACCGGAUGGUUGCUGGAAGUUUUGUUUUGUGAGUUUAACGACGAGUGACUGCAGACGAAUUAAACGGUUUCAGUGUUUACGCGGUAAUGUUUGUCGUCCGCUAACAGUCCCUAGGGUCUCUCAAGACAGCUCCUUUUUUCCCCAGUGACAGACCGAUGAGUGAAACUGUUUAGCGGGAGGGACUGAACGCCUGGACGUAACCCGAGCACCUCGCUCCGCGCAGCCAUGGGGAACCGGGGGAUGGAGGAACUGAUCCCCCUCAUCAAUAAACUCCAGGACGCCUUCAGCUCCAUCGGACAAAGCUGUAACUUGGAUCUGCCACAGAUCGCAGUGGUUGGCGGACAGAGUGCCGGAAAGAGCUCGGUUUUGGAAAAUUUCGUCGGCAGGGACUUCCUUCCCCGUGGCUCGGGGAUCGUCACCCGGAGACCCCUCAUUCUUCAGCUGAUCAACAAUAAAGCUGAGUAUGCAGAGUUUUUACACUGCAAGGGGAAAAAGUUUGUGGACUUUGAUGAGGUUCGGCUGGAGAUCGAGGCAGAGACGGACCGGCUAACGGGCUCGAAUAAGGGCAUAUCGCCUAUACCCAUCAACCUGAGAGUCUACUCUCCUAAUGUGUUGAAUCUGACUCUCAUCGACCUGCCAGGCAUGACCAAGGUCGCCGUGGGCGACCAGCCCCUAGACAUCGAGUACCAGAUCCGAGAAAUGCUCAUGCAGUUCAUCACCAAGGAGAGCUGUCUCAUCCUGGCUGUUACGCCGGCCAACACUGACCUGGCCAACUCUGACGCACUCAAGAUCGCCAAGGAGGUCGACCCGCAGGGACUGCGAACCAUCGGCGUGAUCACCAAGUUGGACCUGAUGGACGAGGGCACAGAUGCCCGCGACAUCCUGGAGAACAAGCUCCUGCCACUGCGCAGAGGCUACAUCGGGGUGGUGAAUCGCAGUCAGAAGGACAUAGACGGCAGGAAGGACAUCCGUGCAGCUCUGGCGGCUGAGAGGAAGUUCUUCCUGUCCCACCCGUCAUACAGACACAUGGCUGAGCGAAUGGGGACUCCCCACCUGCAGAAGACCCUUAACCAGCAACUCACCAACCACAUUCGGGACACUCUUCCCGGUCUGCGUAACAAGCUCCAAUCGCAGCUCCUGUCGUUGGAAAAGGAAGUGGAGGAGUAUAAGCACUACCGCCCUGAUGACCCCACGCGCAAGACCAAGGCCCUGCUGCAGAUGGUGCAACAGUUCGGUGUGGACUUUGAGAAGUGCAUCGAGGGCUCCGGGGACCAGGUGGACACCGUGGAGCUAUCCGGCGGCGCACGCAUCAACCGCAUCUUCCACGAGCGCUUCCCCUUCGAGCUGGUCAAGAUUGUGUUUGAUGAGAAGGAGCUCCGGCGAGAGAUCAGUCAUGCCAUUAAGAACGUCCAUGGUGUCAGAACUGGCCUGUUCACUCCAGACCUGGCGUUUGAAGCCAUCGUGAAAAAGCAGAUCGUAAAGCUGAAAGAGCCCUGUGUCAAAUGUAUCGAUCUGGUCAUUCAGGAGCUCAUCAACACGGUCAGGCAGUGCACCAACAAGCUGGUCUCGUACCCCAGACUCCGGGAGGAGACGGAGAGGAUCGUCACCACUCACGUCCGAGAGAGAGAGGGCAAGACCAAGGACCAGGUGCUGUUGCUUAUCGACUUUGAGCUGUCCUACAUCAACACCAACCAUGAGGACUUCAUUGGAUUUGCCAAUGCCCAACAGAGAAACACACCAAUGAACAAGAAAAGGCCCGUCCCUAACCAGGGUGAAAUACUGGGUGCUUAUUGACAGCUCCAGCUAGCCCGUUAGCCUGUGGUGCUUAACAGGCUUUGAAAACCUGAUGGUUAUUCUUCUGCCCUGCAGCUAGGUGGACUGUGCGGCCUUGAGCAGGAAAAGGUACAGUCCUCAGAUACAAAAAACUGGGAACAACUGGGAAAAAUCACACUGGCUGGAGUUUUUCACUGUUAUCAGUAAUCGGUAACAGCCCUAAUUAUUUUCAUUGGUCUACGUGCCCUACAUUUAAGCAGCAAUUUCUAACCCACACAUAAUCCACGUAAUUGGAGCAUUUAAGGAGAUUGCUACUAACGGCUCAAUGUUGUAUGCCUGCUGGAAGGUAAUGUCACGUGACACGAACCUGUGGGGUUUUUGUGUUUGACCACAGAUAAGUAAAUCCAGAAGUCUCCUAAUAAAGUUCAUUUGGUAGUAACAGUGACGCCUCUGUCGUUCUGAUGUCCUGGCUGAGUGCUGGAGGUUCCUCUAGGGGGCGCCGAGUUUACUUCGUAGAGGAAUCAGCCGUCACAGUGGGGAUGGAGGGGUCUGGGCAAAAACUGACCCGAUCAGAAUCCAGGGCCAAACUUCACUCCUAAUUCAAGUUUUGUUUAUUUGUCACGAUGUAAUUCACCCAUGUGCGAGUGGUUAUGGGCCGUGCAGCUUUAGCCAGUCACUCCGCUUGAAGUGUAAAUACUGAACCACCUUGUUGAUUUUCUUUUAAUUAUUUGAUAAGUCAUUUGCAAAUUUAUUUCUGUAUUAGGAGGAAGAAAUCAUCAGAAAAUUAACUCCUUGCUUUAUGGUAGAUGGAUGUCCCUCGGGUGGGACUAUAAUGGUGUAAAUUGUGAGAUCCCUCUAAACAAUUAACUCCAAUUAUUAACAGUUAUUUCCAUAAUCAGAACAGCUUCCAGCUAACCAAGCAAGGCACUGUUUGUGCUCCCUAAAUUGGAACACUUACUGGUAAUCAUGCCCUGUGAAUCCUUACUUGGAAAGAUCAGUUUCAAAAUCUAUGCUAUCCUUGCUGUUUUAAAUUGUUUUAUAAUUGGUUUACUGUUAUUAUAUCUGACUUGGUCACAUGAUUUAUGUGUUUAUAGUUUUUUUUAUUUCUGUCUGUAAUGUUUUGGGUGUACUGUGGCGGUCCCAUGCAGGGGAGGCCACUGAUUGAAUCAGUAUGGUUUGUGGUGGCGUUGAGGCUCUGGUGGUCAGUCCAGGCCUGAGUGUGGCGAUGCUCCAGCUUGUGAGCACGCCCGAGGGCCCGCCCCCGCCGGACGGCCUCGUCUUCGCAGCGAGAAGCGUUCGCUCCUCCCUCCUCCCCGUUCGUCCUUCUCCAGCCGUGUUGAGCCGUUCUGUAGUCUCGCGCAGCGUUUAUGGCAUUCCCCCAACAAGGAAAACGACGCACACGGCUUUCCAUGUUCCGUUUCGCUGCCUGCUACUUAUUCUGUGUUUGCACGUUCCGACUAACGAUUCCUACAAUUCCCGGACGGUAGCCGGAGAAGGGGGAACACCACAGGAAAGGGGGAAAGAGGGGGAGGUGGCUGUCUGCUGCAUCCGCGUAUGCAGCCGGAUCCUUGAGGAAUUUGUCAAAUUCACAGGCUCUGUAACAGACAAACUGGAGGGCACAGGCACUGGAGGAUGGGCCGUUCCUCAUCCCUCCGGCGGCGGCUGCACCAUGGUUGCCAUGGCAGCAGGGUAGACCACCAACUCUCGUCCUCGUCUCCUUCGUCUCCGCUAGGUGUUGAUAACUUGACCUUCCACCUCCUUCUCUCGAUCCCUCUGUAGUCCACUGCAGUGCUCACCACUCUAACUCCACCCUUCACUGUCUGUAACUGCUACGUCCGUCUCCAUCUCUGUGUAGAUUUUGUUUAGUGCGUACCAAAGUGCGCACUGGCUUCAGUUAACCCCACUAAAAGCCCCCUAACUGCCCCACGUGUGCAGCAUAGCUUUUACUCACUGCUCUGACCCUAACACCUCACCGCCGGAUCCUGAGCUUUGCUCCUCUGGAGUUGCCGUUUGGUGUGGCGUGGCAUGGUCCUGUGCUUCAGGACGCACCAUGAAAACAAACCCCUUUUGCAUGUGGAUCCUUCUCCAGGGUCACAACCACACAGGUCUUUCUCACCCAUUCUUUGGUCCUUUGAUCCAGUGUCGGCCAUUUCAGUUAACCUCAUGACCAAAGGUCACGGAAUAAUGUCUGCUAGACCAAAACGAGACACUGGAUACAUUAUUUACCCAAAUCUUCAUUUAGGCUGAAUAAUAUUAUAUUAUUUAACUGCAGCCAUGUUUACGGUGCAUUUUAAGACACAGAGACGUUAGGAGUAGUCUCAGUGAGUUAUUAACUGGUCCUCAGCAGUAAAGUCGGGGUUGGUGAUGGCUUCUGGAAGCCUUGCCCCUGUCCUGCCUGUAUGUCCUGACCAGGUAAGUGUGCGCAUCUUCGCGCGUGUACCCACGGGCCCCUGCUCCUGCUCCUGCUGCAUAAAGGCACACGUCACGCCGUCUCCUGACCUGUA